ACUCUGGCUAAAUUAAUCAACAAACAUCUCUAAUCUCACGGAGAAGAAGAAAACCACCCCUCUUUUCCUGUUUCUCUUCUCUUCUUCCUUCAUACUUCUUGUUCUUUCUCUGUUUGAUGUUUAGCUAGCUUCCGUUAUUAGUUCUUACAAUAUACUAUUAUUUCUGCAUUUUGAUGUCCCACCACCAUAGGGUCCACCCCAUGGAUGUAGAAACGAAUACUGGUGGACCUCCAAAAUAUGUAAUGUUAUCAGAAAAUGGUGGAGAUGCUGGUGUUCGUCCGCCUCCUUAUCGUCGUAACAUCCCACGUUACCAUUCUACUGCUCAACCUUACAAGAAGAAAGGAAAUUGUUGUCUCAAAUGUAUUUGUUGUUUCUAUUGUUUUCUUUUCAUACUUAUCUUCGGGGUAUCUGCUUUUGUUUUCUAUGUCCACGCUAUAUACCAACCCAAAAUGCCUACUUAUAAAGUCGAUCAUAUUGGUAUUGGUGCUUUCGAUCUUCAAGCGGAUUUCAGUCUCUAUACAGAAUUUGACGUUACUGUUAGAGCCGAAAACCCCAACGAAAGAAUUACUAUUUUCUAUGCACCUGAAAGUUCAAUCGCUAUCACUUAUUCUGAUUCAACACUCUGUACAGGAAAAAUACCAACGUUUAAACAGGGUCAUCAAAAUGUGACUUUUAUGGAUAUUGUUUUGAAAGGUAAAAGUGAAUUCGGUUCAGGUCUUCAAGAAGCUCUCCUGGAUAACAGAAAAACAGGAAAAAUUCCUCUACUGAUUAUUGUUAGAGCGCCAAUCGUUAUUGAGAUGGGGGACUUGCCAUUAAAACAAGUUACGUUUCUUGUUAAUUGUUCAUUAGUCAUUGAUAGUUUGACACCCAGAAAACAAGUCAAAAUUCUUUCGACAACAUACCAUGGUGCAAUUGAACUGUCAUGAUUCAUGCAAUGUGGAGAGUGUGGAAAGAGGAAGUUGUAACUCGAAUAUUUAUGGCCUUCAAUGUUCAAUUGAUGCGGCGCCUUCGAUCUUUAUUAUGGAAGUUUUAUUAACGAAUGAUCAUAAUAGGGGUUUGCGUAAGAACCACCGUACCCAUUCAACAAAUUUAACGGUAACUUCCUUCCGCACUAGAGUGGCUUCAUAUUGCUCUCAGUUCAAUUCAAUUUGUAUUUUUAAUUUUAAGUUUCUUGAUUGAUUUUCCUUCAAAUUCUUGUAAACACAUUACAUAUCUUUAGGUUUAGUAUAUAGCAGAUUUCACAUAUACAUAUACUAGGAUAGUACCCGUGCCGUAACGGUACGGAGCUAUGGGUUGUUUUGGUGUUGGUUAAAAUUUUUUUCCUUGAGAGAAUACCAUGAGCCGAUCGUGGGAAAUUUGGGGAACGAUAAUCUUUCUUAAACUAAAUUCGAAGCCUUGAUUGAUAUUAUUAACAUCAGCGGGAGCGGUUUUUUAUUGAAUGGUGUUUAGGAUGUCCAUAUAUUGAUGUACAUUGAUAUAUAUAUAUAUAUACAUACAACAGAGAGUAAUUUUUUUUGGUAGUUAA